CUAUGGUAUACCCUCAGCAGAACUACAACAAUGGGGUAUCUGUUCAACAGUUUCAGUCAUCUGGAAGAGUAAGUGGAGUUGUUGCCACAAAUUUGUUUCCCUCAGGACAGACAGAAAUUCGCAUGUCUGUGGGUGGGAUUCGUAUGACCCCGGAGGGUGGUGACGUACUUUUGUCCCAAGACCGUUGUGGUAUAUCAAUGUCACAAAACAUAUCUGGUGGUCCAAUUGCCCAAAACCUAUCCGGUUUACACAUGUCCCAGAACAUUAAUGGUGUGCAAAUGUCGCAAAACUUGAGUGGAGUGCAAAUAUCUCAGAUGUCGCAAAUGUCCCAGAAUGCUGGUUCCAUUCGUUACUUCACCAGUAACAGCAGCAACAUAGGUGGAAAUUAUCAAGAGGUCGGGACUCAUUGUAUGCCUGCAAAUCAUAACCAGCACCGGCAUAGUUUCCAGGUUGUGAACGAAACCUCCCAUGGGGAUCACCGUAGUUAUCAACCAACUAUUAAACACUUGUUGCAGUCCAAUCCGGGUUUUUUAGUCAAUGAGGGUGGGUGUGGAACGCAUUCUAUACAUGGCGCCAGUGGUAAUCCAGUAUUCACUCAAGACCUGCUCGGUUGUCAUGACCUUACGAAGAAUUAG